GGACUGCGCAGGCGUUCCAGUGAGCGCGUGGAAGCCUUUGGUAGGACUCACCCGACGGAAAGGGAGGGGCUGGAGCCGCUGGGAUAGCACACGCUCGGGGGGUGUAGGCUGCGCACUGCUGGGUCGCUGUCCGGGCCGCGCAUCCAGGUAUUUGAUGCUCUGGAGAUGCCUAGCCGGGGCGUUCAACCCGAGGACGGCGCAGGGCUGGUCUCCACCGACAACUCGACCCCUCAAAAGGAAGAUCUAAGCCGCAAGAUUAAAGAACAAAAAAUUAUUGUGGAUGAACUUUCUAACCUAAAGAAGAACAGGAAAGUAUAUAGGCAGCAACAGAACAGCAACAUAUUCUUUCUUGCAGACCGAACGGAAAUGCUUUCUGAAAGCAAAAAUAUAUUAGAUGAGCUGAGAAAAGAAUAUCAAGAAACAGAAAACUCAGAGAAGACCAAGAUCAAGAAAUAGUCAACUUGAUUUUACAUAGCAAUGUGUGGCAUUUGUUGUGCUGUAAGCUUUUCCAUUGAGUAUUUCAGCAAAAACUUGAAAGAGGAUUUACUAUGUAAUCUUAAACGGCGGGGACCCAAUAGUAGUAAACAGUUGUUAAAGUCUAAUGCUGACUAUCACUGUUUAUUUUCUGGUCAUGUCCUUCACUUAAGAGGCGUGCUGACAGCCCAGCCUGUGGAAGAUGAAAGAGGCAAUGUAUUCCUGUGGAAUGGAGAAGUCUUUGGUGGAAUAAAGGUUGCAGCUGAAGAGAAUGACA